GAAGCUCCUGUGAAUUAUAGUCAAUAGGCACGGACAUAAAUAAAUUUAUUUGGUGGCACAGAUUUACAGCCAGUUAGAGCCUAUUUGUUUGGACCACAUGUUUGGAUGAUGAAUUAGCAGCAUUUUUUUGUGGCGAGUCUGAUCUUGGUAGGAAAUUUCUAAUUUUAUGUUUGACAGUGUUAGGCAUUGUCCGUUCAAGUAGCAGUUCAAGUUCACCUUUUGUGGUCUGAGUGGUACUGUCCUGCACUAAUUUUUAGUACUCCCCAUGUUCCUGCUUUUUAUCCACGUUGUUCUGUAUCACAGUUUGCCAAUGUGUUUGCAGCGGCUAUGGGAUCCUAAAGAUGUCUUUUCUAAAGUGAUGGGGUAGAGAUUGUUAUACCUUUUCUUGCAGCUUCCUGGAGCUGUUUCUUUAGAAGAAUCUUUUCUUUCGUGCAGAUGUUAUACCUUUUCUUGCAGCUUCCUGGAGCUGUUUCUUUAGAAGAAUCUUUUCUUUCGUGCAGAUGUUUGGAACCGAAAGAUUCUGCAUAAUCUCUAGAAGGAGGAGAAUUGGCCGAUGUGGUUUUGAGUUAAUCAUCAUUUUAUUGCUAUCAAAAACUUGCAUAAACCAGAAGAUCAUCGUCUGUUGCAUGGGACAGCCCACGCAGGGUGAAGUGUUUCAACUCUCGCAAAAUCUUAUACAGAAGGUGAUUUCUUGGACUCGCAUGAUAUCUACAAACCAAGGACGGGUGACAGUGGCCAUUUCUCGGAGUGGCGACUGCAAUGAUAGCCCACAUGGUCAGUGUACGCCCUUUUCUCCUCUGCCUGAAGUGACCAAUCCUUUCUUCAAUUCCAAGGCUUUGUUGGCGCAGCACAGUGGAUUAGUAUUCAUCUUCUGCACCCAAUGUCUCGGCUUUCACCGACAACUAACUGGAGGUGUUCGAGCUGCUUUGACCUGCAGUCCCCAACGAAGCUCACUUGCAGAAUGGAAGGGAGAGGAGAGAGGUAAGAGGAUGAGCUCCGGGUGCAAGUCUUCUGUGAGCUGCGUCGACGCACGUCGGCCGGCUAGACCAACCUAUGUCAACCUCUACAGGUGGCCGGAGUCCGACGCCGAGUUCGUGAAGUCGAUGACAGGAGGAAGGGACGAGAGAGUCGGUGAUGACAACCUCGUUGAUGGGAGGAGGAGGUGGAGUCCGAGCCCAAGGGUGGUGGAUAGUUACUCAUGCCGGCAGAUGUACCUAAGGAGCUACACCUUCUCCAAGGAGGAGACCGCCACGGAGAAGGCACGACAGUGCCUCGGCAAGGCUAAGCGACGAGCUGUCGUCCUGUUCCCUUUUCUCCAGCAGAAGACCGAGGGCCGCAGCUGUGUUCCUGCUCAUGCUGAUACCAAGAUGAGCAGACGUAGCAGCAGGAGGAAGGAGAAGAAGCGAAAGGUCUGCGGAACAGAUAAGAUGCCAAGAGAGAUCUCUUACUCCGCACUGUUCUCCAUUUUCUUCCGGUUCCUCUUCUGCACCUCCAGCGUCGAAGUAGUCGACAGAAGGUGAAUCAGAUCAAAAAGGUUGAUGAUAAACUCUUUUCCAGCUCCAAAGAAGGUGAGUUCUUGGAUCUCUUCUAUCUUAUAUUCUACUCAAAAUUACGUGUUUUGCAUCUAUCUUACUAAAGAUCAAAACUAAGAGUGAGAAAGAGUCUUAGUGUUUCCAGUUCCUGCUUGAUCAAGAGACUCAGCAAAACUGUUUUCAUACUCAGCAGUGCCAAUUUCUUGUUAUAUUUCUUUUGUACAUCCAAUUCAAGUCCCCAGUAAGGUAAAGCAAAAAAAACACCAUGCGCUUGAUGUAAAGGUUAGUGAGAGAACAUGUGCUCCUCUCUCUUUCUCA